CCUUGCCUCUCUUGUCUCCGAGCUCCUCGUUCGUUAUCCUCUCUUGGCUCUCGCGCCAGCCGACUUUGCACCAUCCAAAUCUCUCCUUAAUCCCUACCACAUUUCCUUUCUGAAUCCCUAGAUAUCGUCGGCGAUGGGGAGCAGCUCCUCGAAGCACCCGACUAGCUCACAUGACAGCCUCGACGAAGGUGGCAGCGGCGGCCAGCUCUACGUGUCACUCAAGUUGGAGAACUUCAACAUACGAGGCGAUCUCAUUCCUCACGUAUUUGGUUCCGUUCCCAUCAUCGGUUCAUGGGAUCCCUCUCGAGCUCUGCGGAUGGAGAGAGAAUCUGCGUCAAUGUGGGAACUUAGCUUUGUCGUUCCACCGAAUCACGAAACGCUGCACUUUCACUUCCUUCUGAAGCCCAAGGAUAGGGAAGGGCCGUACGUGGUGGAGGACGGGGCGGACCGGCUACUUAUAGGUGGAAACCUGGAGGGGGACGCCAGGACAGCGGUGUUCAGGCCUCCUGAAGAUGGUCAUGAGGCGACUCUUGAGUACAAGGUGUUUGUGAAGGUGGACAAUGUAUCGCCUUUUGAUCUUGCGGCGAGCUGGAGGGCUUAUAAGGAAAAUCUCCGACCGUCCACCGUCAGGGGAAUACCUGAUAUCAGUAUAAAUGCCGCCCCUGAAGGAGGGCAAGAGAGUGGUUCAACAACGAGUUUGGAGCUUGAUUUAGAGAGCUAUGUUGUACCUUUACCAUCCUGUGCCGGUGCUGCUGUUUAUGCAGCUAAUCUGGCAGAGACUCCAAGAUCUGUUGGCUACCAUUGGGAAUCCCCCAAAUAUGACGUCUCAAGCAUUUCACCUAGUUCAAGCACUACUAGAGUAGUUGCUGCUAAUCAUGCAGCGCCUAAUAAG